UUAAGAUUCCCCCGCCCCGCCGGCGUGUUUGGGUGUUGUUGUCUGUCUGGUCUCUUUGUCUCCUUUAACGUCGCAGUAGAGCUCGUAUGGGUCUGGCUCUUCCUCUUCCUCUGCAAACUCCCAGACGCCCAAGCGGUUGUCCGAGAUGGCCUGCACGCCCAGCUCUUUGGCCAUCUCAUGCAUGGCGUCCAGGUUGGACUCGUCCUCGAGGUCGAUCCACAGGGGGUCACCGUAGCACCGCUGGACAUGCGCAUCUGAACACACACACACACGCGCAGAGGAUGGAUGUACUUGUGUCCGAGUGCGUUCGUUCGCUCGUUGUUCGGCGCUUUGCGUACAGUUUCCGUUGUCAAUCUCACUCCACAUGUCGAGGUAGAACUGUUCGAAGCCCCUGCCAAGAACACAUACACACACACAUACGGUGAGCAUGCGGUCGUCGGUCAGCACCUUCGGACCUUCCAUCUUUGCAGCACUGCUGCCAGAUCCGCUCAAGUGCCCUGGCCGAGACCUCGUAGCGACGGAAGGGCCGAGAGGCAUAGAUCUCUGCAAGCGCCUUAAUUCUCCCGCGCCUGCUAUUGGCCCUCGGGAGGCCUGCACACACACACAUACCGUCACACACAGGUCAGGAGACCUCUUCUCUGACGUACCAACGUCUUCCAAUGCGCAAUUCAGUAUCGCCAUGAAGGUGCCGCUGGAGUUGAGCUCCCCAUUAUCUAUCGUAUUGUUGAUGCAUUUGCGCGCCCGCCGCUUAUUCGCGGCAUACGCCAUCUCUCGCAGCCGGCGGGUUUCGCCAAAUGCCGGCAGCUCGAUUCCCCGCAAGAAGCGGACCAGCCGAUGCGCCCGAGUCGCCUCAAGCCGCGUCUUGUGCUCACAGCCAUCAGCGGCAAAGGGUCGUCCCGUCCGGCUGCGCAGAGCGUCCACGCGCGCCGGGUGGACGAACGAGGGAAGGGAAGGCGAACAAAUCGCGGGGUGAGGUCCAAGUUGGAGCAGCAGGACAAGACAACUAACGCCCAACACACGCUUCAUGAGUCUCUUGUUUCAUCGUCUUGGGCGAAGACAGAACGGCGCGAGCACGGCUUUCCUGACCAGACGACAGACACAAACAGCGAUAGCAAGCAGUGCACCAUGGAUGUGCAUUGUGCUGCUCCGCUGACCUCAU